AUGGAUCAACCAUCAACCGAUGGAAUGGACGUGUUUUUGGUUCAGGGCUCGAGUGGCCUCAUCAUCCUGAGUGGUGUUCAUGUUCGCGAUGAGUUCCUUCGUGCACUGGAAGUUUACGUGCCGCGGUUAACGUUGAAUGAUCAGGCGGAUGCCGUAUUCCGACUGGGUAAUGCCGCAGUUAGAAACUCAAACCUGACCAAAGGCGGGUUCUUGUUCAGCGGCGUAGGCGAUUUCAUGGCUUAA